AUGCGGCCAAUUACGCAGGAGAUUCCAAGUGGUGUUCGAAUUGCAAUUCGGAAUCCCACAACACCAAGGAUUGCUGGUACAAAAACGGCAAUAAGGUCAAUAACAAGUCUUCCAAUAAGAAUUCCGGUAAGGGUAACAACUCGAAUACUGUUCGCAAGGGCAACGACAAGCCGAAGGGUGGAGGUAAGAAAGGAAAAGGAAAGAAGGGUAGGAAAUACUGAGUCUUAGAUGGUGUUUCGAAGAAAAGUAGCUUGUUACACAAACUACAAAAAGUAAGAAAACUACUCUUACGGCUGACGAAAACUCGAUGUUAUAAUACAAAUUAUUCGCGAUGUUUUUCAACUAAAUUUUUAACAAAAAUACCCCCCCAAAAGAACCCCCCACAAAAAGAACAGCCACCUGGUGAUGAACCACCAGUGACUACAAGUCAUUUUGAAGAAGAUGAAUGUGUGUUCGACAGCAAGCUUGACAUCUUCAAUCCAGAUUCUUCAUCAUUAAUCGAUAUGGAUGAUUUAUUCUCGAAUCUCGAUAAGAAUGAAGAUGAAAUUUGUACCAAUGAUGCAGCUGGUCCAACGAGACAGCUGAAAGGAAAACGAAAAAGAGCAGAGCUGGAGCUUGCUGAGCAAUUUGCAACCCCAGAGAUGGCAAAUAUGACACAACAAGUCCAGGCUCUUGAGUCGACCGAUCGCGAAAUCCGUAAGAUUUUAUUUCCUCGAUCUCAUGUUUCGGAUGCGUCCAAAGCCGAACGAGUUGAAAAAUGCAAUCUGUCACAAGAUGCAGCAUUUUCAAUCGUAGCAAAAGAAAGCGAGCAAAAUCAUUCGCCCGAGUACACAGCAAGAAAGCUAGCACACCUCUACAGCGUUCGCGAAUCAGCAUUGAGGAAGGUGCGCGAGGCGAACGAUGCUCAUCGGAAUAAAAAGGACGAGCAGCUCCGAAAUCAUGAAACAGCUUUUAAUUGUGUCGAUGAUGCAAUUUGCGACAGUGGCGCAACAAGUCACAUGUCGGGCCGACCAGAGAUUUUCGAAUCUUGGGACGACAGUAAUCCAGUGCGAAUAACUGUAGCAGACGGAAAAGAGUUGGAUGGCCCUGGAUAUUUUGGCACAUUGAAACCAAACGCACUUGGUUGCAAGCGUGCAAUAUUCCAUCCAUUCCUUCCACAGACCCUCCUCAGUGUCGAGCAACUGAAGAAAGAAGGCUAUAGAGUUGUUUUCGACGAAGGGGGCAACUACUUGCAAAGUAGGAAGACAGGAAAGAGAAUUUUUCUUCACAAAGGGAUCGGAACCAAGUUGCCGGCCGUGGCACUUGGGUUCAACGAAGAUCCAGGUGAAAAGGGUUUGUUGUGCGAAGAGAUCGAGACAGAGUCCACUAUGAUGACAAAGGCUGAGAAAAUGCUUCUUGAUCAUCAGCGUGCUGGACAUCGUAGUCUACCAGGAAUAGUAGUCCGAUGUCCUGCCUGCGAUCUCGCGAAAAGCAAAGGCGCUCAACAUGCAAAAGCGAAGAAAGAAUGCUACAAAGUUGAAAAAUUCAAUGACCAAGUUGAUUUUGACGUUACUGGACCGUGGGAACCUGACUACUGGUCGCAAAGAUGGGUGCUAAAUGCCAUCGAUCAAGCAACCAGCUGGCCUCGUUCUUUCAUCUGCAAAAGCAAAGCAGAAGCAGGCGCAAAGCUGCAGGUCUGGAUAAAUGAAGAGGGACCACCGAAAAGAGUGAGAUCCGACAAUGCCAAAGAGUUCAAGGAACCAGGUAGCACUUGGAAAAAGACAGCACAGAAACAGUCCCCGCCGAUUCAUACUGACUACUCAGCUCCAUACGAACCACAAGAAAAUGGAAAAGUUGAAAGAUACAAUCAAACUCACCAGAACGGAGUGAGGGCAAUGAUGGUCGGAGUCGAUAAGCGUAUGUGGAGUUAUGCAGCACGCACUUUCUCCCACAUAUUCGCCCGAACCCCUACAGCCAAAGGAGGCGAGUCGCCAUUUGAAAAACGCUUCAAAAGAAAACCUUCCAUCAAGUAUUUCCGACGUUUCGGAUGCUUGGUAUACGCGAAGGAUCACUCACAGAAGUCGAAGCUUGAAGACCGGUUUACCCGUGGAAUCUUUCUAGGCUACGCCCAAGAAAAUUCUACAUACCUGGUAGGCAUGUGGUCCGCAGAUGGUCGAUGUAAGAAAAGCUCCAAAAUCCGCUUCGGAGUCCACGAGGUGAAGUGUUGUAAGUUUGAUGAAUCAGUGCUGGUCAGCAAGAUAGAUGAUCUGAAGCCGGACGCUGACAAGUUGUUAAUUGAUUUUCCGAAUCCGGCGCGUCUGGGUGAUAGUUCGCAGCUCGUAGAGCCGAAUGUGCCCGCUGUAGAUCAUGAUCAAAGCAGUCGUGGUCAGGACGCUCCGAGGACCGAUCGUUCGAAAGAUGAAGAAGAUGCGGACAAACGCAGUUCGAAGGAAAAAGAAACCGUCGAAAACGACGAGGGCAAGAGUUUCGAAGGGGGUGAGCAACCUGAGGAAGGGGGCGAGGAAAAUCAAAACCCUAAUCAGGAUUGGCUCGAUUUGUUUUCAGAGGAGGCGCCUGAAAAAUCCCCGAAGCAGAAAAAGAAAGCUGAGAAUGGAAAUCGAAAAAGAAAGUCUAAUACAGUUGAUGCUGAUGAAAAAGAGAACGAGACACAAGAAGCGCCUAGGAUCCUCGUUGAAGGACCUACACGAAAGAAACUUCGCAAGAAGGGCCGAGGGCAUGACAAGAAAAAGCGCAAAGAACGCAACGACAAAGGCCAAAGUCGUGGCCCUCGAGCAAAGAAAAGGCAGAAAGUCAAUCUUGUGUCGUCAUCUGACCUUUUGAAAGAUCUACCGAUGGAAUUUGAAAAAGAAGCAGAAGCUAUAUUCCAGAUUCGUCAUGAAUUAGAGGAGGACGAAACUCCUUACCUCUUUGGCUUGCAGCACACUUGGGCCAAGUGUCUGGAAAGUCCUGACGCAAUCAAAUGGAUCGAGUCAGAUACGAAAGAACGCCUAGCGCUAGAAGAAGCAAAUACGUGGAGGCAUGCAACCGCAGAAGACAUCAAAGAGAUGGGUGAUAAGUUAGAGAUUAUCCCGACGGUAUGCAUCUACACGAAGAAGAGAGACGGACGCUACAAGUGUCGUCUCGUAGCACUAGGAAACAGGCAAAAGCUAUCUCUUCAAGGAGAAAUAUACAGCCCAACUGUGAGCCAUGCCGCUAACAGGUAUUUACUUGUUGAAGCAGCAGCACGCGGAUGGAAAGUUAGACAGUUCGAUAUUUCAAAUGCGUUUGUGCGUGCAGCUCUAGGUGACGAGAUCGUGUUAUGUCGCCUGCCCAAGCACAACAGCUGGAGCAAGAACAAAGAAAAAGGCGAUGUUGUCAGGCUGUUAAAGUCGUUAUACGGUCUGAAGAUCAGCCCACGCCGCUGGUAUGACGAAUAUUCCGGCAGACUCAAGAAGUUAGGCUGGGUUGUAUCCGAACACGAACCAGGUUUGUUCAAGAAGUUUGCAAAAGACAAACAGGGAAAAGAGCAAGAGCUCUGGCUAGCAGUUUACGUAGAUGACAACAUUAUCUCAGGCGAAGAUGAUGACCUUGUCGCUGCAGAAAUGAAUGCAAUUUUAGCAGAGUUCCCAGGAAAAGAAAUUCUCGCAGAAUAUGACAAGGAAGGCAAUGAGAUCCGCGACCUUCUCGGCGCAAAGUUGACCUUCAACGCGAAAAAGAGAGUCAUGAAAAUCACUUGCGAAGACGCAAUUGAUAAGCUGCUUGAGAAAUUUCACAUGAAGGACUGCCGCGCAGUAGUUUCCCCAUGUUUACCAAAUUCCCACGCAGACUUGGACUCGCCGUCGAAUUCCACAUUUCCGAUAAGAUCGCUAGUAGGCGGAAUGUUGUAUAUCAGUUGCGUUGCCCGGCCUGAUAUCGCAUUCGCAGUACAAAGAGUAGCGACGCAGGUAGCUAGUCCAACCGACCAAACGGUAAAAGAUGCUAAGCGUAUUCUGGCGUAUUUGAAAGGAACCAAAUCGCAAGGAUUGGAAUACAGCAAGCAGCAAGAGAAAAAGUUCAAAGAAAUCUACACAAAAGCCGCAGAGCUAGAAAACAAGGAAUACAGAGACACUAUUGCUUUCUGCGAUGCAGAUUUUGCAGGAUGUUCUGUAAGUUUUCGAUCCACGUCAGGAACAAUCCUAUAUCGACGCGGAGUUCCCAUCUGUUGGAAGUCGAAACGUCAAUCGAUUCGAGCUACGUCAACAAUGGAAGCCGAGUAUUGCGCGAUGUAUGACUGUGUAAGGAUGACUAUGGACCAAGGAUAUUUGAACUGGUUUUCAGAACAAGAGUCAGGAUCUCUACCGUUGAUCUUCAACGACAACAAGUCCGCGCUUGCGUUGAGUCAGACAACCGUAGCCACGAAAAGAUCCAAGCACAUGAGUCUUCGACUACACCUAGUACGAGACUACGUAAAAGACUUGUGCUAUGUAAACACGGAUAUCAAUCUAGCGGAUGGAUUGACAAAACCACUUCCAGGAGAGAAGUAUAUCCAAAUCUUCAAAGCUCCCGCACGAAAAGCUAAUGAAGUAUUUGCGAAAGCCCACUUUGUUGACUUCAAUAAUCUCUAGGAUUGAUUGAUGCGAAUUUCACACAAAGUCAUCUCAUCUGAUUCAUUUCGAUGAUUUAAUGUUCAUUCGGAAGGGGGAAUGUUAGGCAAGAUAUGAAAUCCACCAGGAUCAUAAGCCAAGCAAAUUCCCUACGACCUAAAUUGAAUGUUCAUUGAAAUCAGGCUCUAAAUUUGUCGUUCAAAUUUGGAUCCAAUGUGAAAUCAGUGAAAUCAGCAUGUUCAUACAAAUGAACAAAAAUGAAGUUCAUUCUAAUCCCACACUGUAAGCUAGUGAUGAUCAACGAUGGUUGAUCGGAUUUCUCAUAAAUUUAGGGUGAUUAGAACAAAUUUGAACUUUCAUGUUUUACCCCCUGACUGAGACGUCAAAAUUUGUGUGUUGUUUGGAACGCUAAAUUUUUCCCCACAGGCUGUGACGAUAGUCACCAUAGAUUGAUUGCGACUAAGAAACACUGAAUCCCACCUAGAUUCUGUUUGACAUGCAAGAUGGCCAGUGUUCACACCGCCCGCGUUUCUUCGUCGUUGAUUGUCUUCACACCGUAAAAAUUCGGUUGACA